AAUUUUCUCACUUUCACAUUUUUUUUUAAAAAAAAAUAAAAAAUGGUUCACUUUAAUAAUGAUCCACCAAGAUAUUCUUUUUCUUCUUUACCACCAAGAUAUUCACAAAUAUCUUUCGAUGAUCAAAAACUUAAAAGUUCUUUGAUAACCGAUAUUUCUUCUGGUAAUCCUGUAAAUAGAUUAGAAAUGCAACAUUAUAUAUUUAAAUAUCUUUGGCAAAAUAAUUUUUCUACUCCUAUUGCAAAACAACUUCAAGCGGGAGGAGCCAAAGUUUUAGAGGUUGGAUCCGCUCCAGAAAUAUGGUCAUUCGAUAUGGCAAACAGUUAUCCAUUAUCCACUUUCAUAGGUUUAAAUAACUCCCCAACUUGCAAUAAAAGUAUUACCAAUGAACCGUUAAACGCUACUGUAUUACAAAAUAAUUCUUUAUCUUCAACAAUUCCCUUCCCAGACGAAACUUUUGAUUUUAUAUAUCAAAGAUUCUUUCUUCCACAAUUAAAUUUAACUUCAAGCUUUAAUCCAAAUUCUAUUUUUAUUGAACAAUAUAACUUAGUUAAACAUAUGAUAAGAGUAUUAAAUCCUGGUGGUUGGAUUGAAUUUAUGAUAAUAGAUAAUUUGGUUUGGUAUAAUACUGGUCUCUACACAUUUCGUUUAACUCAAGCUUAUUAUUCUUUGACGUGUGAUGGUUAUGAUUCAUAUAACAAAAUUGAUGAAAAACACUUGUAUAAUAUGUUAGUUUCUAUUCAACAAGUUCAAUCCAUUUUUAUAGAGACUAAACGUACUCCAUUAGGAAAGAAAGGUGGAAGAAUAGGUGAAUUGUUGUGUGAUGUUUUAUUACAACCGAUAAAAUCUAAUAAAUCUGUUCUAUGUGAAUAUAUGAGAAUAUCUACGAAAGAAUUUGAUAAAAUGUAUAAUAUAAUGUUACAAGAAAUAAACGAUUACGAAACAUACUGUGUUUCUCACAGAAUUUGCGCAAAGAAAUCAUGAAUUACCUCAUCAAAGACUUGAGUGGCUUAUUUGAUUUCUAACUUUAAUGUGAGAUAAACUGAUAAAGUGGGUGGGCACGUGAAAAAAAAGCGAGAAGAUGGAAGAGAUGGAGAAGAUGAGAAGAUGGAUGGCUGGGCUAAUUUAAAAAAAAAAUAGAUGAAAAGUCGGCAAAGAACUUAAAUAAAAUUGACGUGGAAUAACAGAAUUUCUUUUUUUUUCUUUUCGUAAGAUGUUAGAUCACUUAACAAAUUUAUUAAAACAAAAACAAAAAAACAAAAAAAA